AUGUAUAUUGUUCCUGGUGAGUCGAAAGGAGAAUUAGAAUUUGCAAUGGGACGAUUGGAUGGGUUGUUUUGGGCGGCUAUGCAUUGGGCAGUGUGCGCGGUAUUCUGCCAGAAUUGCGGAAUCCUAAUACGAGGCAGUGGUUUUGCUCAUCCUGCUGGUUCUAUCGUAUUCAUAUUCUCUCUUGCUGAUAUGAUUUUUGGAAAAUUACGUACGAAAGAUGACCUUAAUGCUGUUGCUGCUGGUGCAGUUACUGGAGGGCUGUUUCGAUGUGCACGUGGUUUACACGCUUCAAUGGUUGGAGCGGGUAUUGGGGUAUUUGCUGCUUUUAUUUGGUUGCUGAGUGAUCAAGAUAGCCGAAAUAGAUUAUGGGAAGUGCGAAAGCACUUGAACGUCAAACAAGAUUAUAUUUAUUGA